UGCAGCAUAACGCGAAGGACAGGACAGUCAAUUCACUUCCUCUUUUCAAUAGUUACUGCACAGCCUUAGCCUGUGCCUUGUAGGGAUGCAGAAAAUGUCGUACCUCUCGCCACUACUGUUUUUGCUAGUGGAUGUGUGUGUGGUGCUAGGUGUUCGCCAGGCCCAGCUUUCCCCCCUCCUCAUCCCACAUCCCUUUGUGGUUCUUUGGGCUGGGGGACUGCUCCGAGCCUUUGCCCUCCUUUUCCUCACCUACACCUACCCUGGCACCUUGCCCUGGAUGAAGAGCUUUGAAGGGAUCCAGACCGUCUGUGUUUUCAGCUUCUUGUCUCCAGCUUACAUCACCUUUCUCUGGACCAUCGGAAGGUCGGCCGUGGAGAGGCUGUGGGGAUGGCAUUCUUGGGAAGCGUUACUGCAGAGUUAUGUGGUGAUUGCUGUGUCCUUGCUGUUCUGGAUACGCUAUAUGCCAAACAUUCUGUCGAAGGAGACGCAAAAACCUACCAAAAAGAAUGGGGCCUCCCUGCAAAGACUGCUGGGAUACAUGAGGCCGCAUGCCCUGCGUUUUACUGCUGUCAUGACCUUAGUGAUUGUCUCCUCACUGGGCGAGAUGGCUAUUCCUCACUACACAGGGAAAAUGACGGAUUGGAUCAUGAAUGAGGAUGAGCCUGAGGCCUUCUCUCAUGCCAUCACAGUCAUGUCUGUGAUUACCAUCAUGAGUGCGUUGUGUGAGUUUGUGUGUGACCUCAUAUACAACGUCACCAUGAGCAAAAUACACACAUUUAUCCAGGGUCUGGUCUUCCAGUCUGUGCUGAAACAGGAAAUCGCCUUCUUUGACAAGUCAACUACAGGUGAAAUCGUGUCGCGCAUCACGACGGACACCAACACCAUGAGCGAGUCGCUGAGUGAGAAGCUGAGUCUGCUGAUGUGGUACUUCUGGAGGGUGAUCUUUCUGUUCGGCUUCAUGCUCAACCUGUCCUGGAAGCUGUCGCUCUUCACCGCCAUGGGGCUGCCCAUCAUCUGGGUCAUCCCAGAGAUCUCCGGAAAGUUCUAUCAGAAACUGUCCAAGGACGUUCAAGCGUCUCUGGCUAAGGCUAAUGAAGUUGCCAUGGAGACCUUCUCGUCCAUGAAGACAGUGCGGAGCUUCGCUAACGAGGACGGGGAGACAGAACGCUACCAGAAGCGACUGGAGGAGACCUACUCCCUCAACAAGAAAGAAGCAGCAGCCUAUGCAGUGUCCACAUGGACCAACAGUAUGUCCAGUCUGGCUCUUAAGGUCAGCAUCUUGUACUACGGAGGACGCCUGGUGACCGGAGAUGAUGUCAGCAGUGGAGACCUAGUGUCCUUUGUGUUGUAUGAGCUGCAGUUCAGCAGUGCAGUGGAGGUGUUGAUGAAUUAUUACCCCCAUGUGAAGAAGGCCAUAGGUGCCUCAGAGAAGAUUUUUCAAUAUGUGGAUCGGACUCCUGAGAUACCGCCUGACGGGACUUUGGCACCACAAAAACUUCAUGGACAUGUGCAGUUCCAAAAUGUUACCUUCUCUUAUCCAAAGAGGCCAGCUAUACUGAAGGGCUUGUCUCUGGAGCUGAAGCCGGGUCAGAUGACGGCGGUGGUGGGUCCCUCCGGUGGUGGGAAGAGCUCGUGUGUGAACCUGCUGGAGCGGUUCUACCAGCCCGAACAGGGAUGCAUCCUGCUGGACGGAGAGCCCCUGCAGUCCUACAAGGACGAGUACUUACACCAAAAGAUAAGUGUGGUGAGUCAGGAACCCAAGCUGUUUGCCCGCAGUCUGAAGGAGAACAUAAAAUAUGGCAUAGAGGACGCCUCUGACGAGGAUAUGAUCCAGGCGGCCAAAAGUGCCUAUGUUCAUGAGGAUAUCAUGAAGAUGCAGAAUGGCUACAACACAGAUGCUGGCUCCAAAGGCGACAUGGUCUCUGGUGGUCAGAAGCAGCGCAUAGCCAUUGCCAGAGCUCUCGUCCGCAAGCCAAAGAUUCUUGUGCUGGACGAUGCGACCAGCUCACUAGAUACAAGGAGCGAGGAAGGGGUCCACAAAGCUCUGGCUAAGAUGAGAAAGGAGCUGCAGUGCUCCGUGCUUCUGAUCGCCCACCGGCUGAGCGCUGUGGAGAGGGCCGACCACAUCGUCUUCCUCCAGGACGGUAAGGUCCAGGAGGAGGGAUCCCACGACCAGCUGGUCCAGAGAGGGGGUCUGUACGCCGAGUUUGUGAAGAAGCAGAACACCUCCAUCCAUCGCAACGCUGCGGAGGAGACCAGCGGCUAGGUGCAAGAGGCCUUAUCGAAUUUUAAGUUGCAGAUGCCAGUGGUCAAAAGUUCUUCAGUGAGCCCAUAUUAGCCUGAACAUCGACUGAAAAGGAUUGGGGAUAGCAAAUCAAAGAAGGCUAAAACAUCUUGGUGACAAAAAAGUUAGUUAAUGUGGGCUUUUGGCCAACCUCAUCUAGGCAUUGCACUUGAAAAGAUAGAUAUUUAAUUUAAUUCAGUUUUCAUUGUGAUUAUGGUGUGGAGGAAGUCCAUUUUUUCUCAUUACAGCUUGCAGUUAUUAUUAUUUAAGACACACGUCUUUCAUUUCUCAUUGUUUUGUUACUCUUUUCUUUUCUUUUCACUCUUCAUACUUUACUUGCAAUAAUCAAAAGUACACAAAAAUCAUACAUAUGCCUGUAAUGACAUUUGACCUGUAAUGGUACGAGCCACAGUCAUUAGUCUGUUUGUAGUAAUUUCUCCAGUUAUAUAGAAUAAGUACGAGACGAGCAUCAGUUUUCAGGGUGGGUAUUUUGGUCAGUUCUCUCCAUGCAAGUAAAGUGAAGAAAGAAACUAAAAAAAGAAUUGUCAGAGUGCUUUGAGUACUCACUAAGCCUUAAGGCAUCUAAAGGCAUUUAGACACUAAGCCUUUAAGGCAUCUAAAAUGUAUAUAUGCUUAGUUGGUUGGUUCUCAUGAUUUUUAAAAAGAUGUAUAUUUAUAUAUAUAACACCACUCCACAAAUUGUAAUAGUUAUCUUCAUUCACUCACAAGGCCAAUCAGACCAUUUUACAACAAUUUCAGUGUCAUUCCUAAUAAAAAGUGUUUUUAAUUCUAAAAAAAA